AUGGUCGACGAAAAUGACGACCCGAAUAUUGCCUCUGCGCGUGGUGUUUCCACAGCAGCCUUCUUGUCAACUCUGGUAGUCAAUUUAGUAAUUUUCGCUGUCUUAACGACAAUUUUUACGGUCUUACGUCGUUACAAUAGGCGGAUCUAUGCGCCUAGGACCUAUAUCAGUACUAUAGAGCCUUGGAGAAGGCUCAAAACUACUGAUGAUGAUGGCGAUGGCUUCGUCGAUGAGGUGGAGCAUGUCAAGGGCUUUGCCGGUUUGUUGGGCUGGAUACUGAGCGCUUGGAAAAUUAAGGACGAAACUGUUCUCCGUACUAAUGGCCUUGAUGGUUACUUCUUCCUACGUUAUCUGAAAAAGGCGCAGACAAUUUGCUUUGUCGGUUGUUGUUUGACGUUUCCCAUUCUUUUGCCCUUGAACGGAACUGGAGGUGGUGGACAGACCGGAUUGGAUAUUUUAUCUUUCAGCAAUAUUAAUACCAAAGACGCUGGUAUCCGCAAUCGUCUUUACGCCCAUGUGUUUGUUGGAUACAUCUUCUUCGGUUUCGUUCUAUUCACUGUUUACCGUGAAUUGGUCUUCUAUACUACUCUGCGCCAGGCGUACAUGCUCUCGCCUCAAUACGCAACCCGUAUCUCUGCUAGAACUGUACUCAUAACCACAAUUCCCAAGAAGUAUCUUACUGAGACCGCCUUGAAGCGCGUCUUUGACAAUGUCAAGCGUAUCUGGAUCAAUACCGACACCAAAGAGCUCGAGGAUUUGGUCGAGGAGCGUGAUAAGACCAUCCUCAAACUUGAGGCGGCUGAAGUCAAAUUGAUCAGGCUUGCAGAUGCUGCUAGACGACGAGGCGCACUUGGACACGACUCUCCACAGGAAGAAGGUGAAGUUGAGGGCGAGAGCGGUAGCAUUGCUGCGAGAUGGCUGGACAGGAAGGACAGGCCUAGCCAUAGGUUGACGCCUUUGUUCGGAGAGAAGGUCGAUACCAUUGACUGGUGUCGUGGUCGUCUCGCCGAAUUGAACCCUAAAAUUGAGGAAUUACAGGCAGUACAAAAGAAUGGUGAUGGCAAGAAGAUGAACUCUGCCUUCAUUGAGUUUACUUCUCAAUCGGCUGCUCAGAUCGCUCUCCAGACCCUUGCACACAACAAGCCCCUCCACAUGGCGCCCCGCUACAUCGGAGUCACCCCUGAAGAAGUUAUCUGGACUAACCUCCGUCUCCAAUGGUGGGAGCGCUUGGUAAAGGGCGCUGCUGUUACCGCUGCGGUCUCUGCUCUCGUUCUCUUCUGGUCCAUCCCUGUUGCCUUUGUGGGUCUUAUUUCCAACGUUACCUAUUUGGCCGAUACAGUCCCAUUCCUGGCCUGGCUCACCGACCUUCCUAAGCCAGUCCUGGGUCUCAUCACUGGUCUUCUCCCCGUUGUGCUCUUGGCCGUAUUGAUGGCUCUCUUGCCCAUCGUUCUUAGAAUCCUUGCAAAAAUCUCUGGGGAGCCCUCAGUCUCGUUCAUCGAGCUUAAAGUGCAGAACAUGUACUUUGCUUUCCAGGUCAUCCAGGUCUUCCUUGUCACCACGUUGACAUCCGGAGCCUCCUCCGCUGCUAGUUCUAUUUACAAAAACCCGAUGUCGGCCACAGACCUUCUUGCCUCUAAUCUUCCCAAGGCUUCCAACUUUUAUAUCUCAUUCAUGAUUCUCCAGGGUCUUGCCAUAUCUUCGGGUGCUCUGCUCCAGAUUGCUGGUUUGGUCUUGUACAAAGUUCUUGGUAUGCUCCUCGACGGCACCCCGCGCAAGCAAUGGAACCGUUGGUCUUCUCUGUCGGGUCUUGGAUGGGGCACUGUUUUCCCUAUUUACACCAAUAUCGCUGUCAUUGCCAUCACAUAUUCCAUGAUUGCGCCCCUCGUCCUUGGGUUCGCCGUGGUUGGUCUUGGUCUUCUACACUACGCAUACAGGUACAACUUGCUCUUUGUGUACAAUGUCAACAUUGACACCAAGGGUCUCGUGUAUCCACGUGCGCUGUACCAGACCCUCACCGGUGUCUAUCUAGCGCAGAUUUGCUUGAUUGGUCUCUUUGGUGUUAGCGAAUCCCCCGGUCCUGCAGUCCUCCAGGUAGCCUUCCUCAUUUUCACAAUUCUCUUCCAGCUGUCUCUUUCAUCAGCCAUGGAGCCUCUCCUCCGCUUCCUCCCUAAGAACCUCGAACGUGAGGAAGAGUCUCUCCUUUCAAUUGAGAACGGCGAUCAUAUCGGAGUCGAAGAGGAUGUGACUCCGGUUGCAUCUGAGGCGGAUGGCGAUAAGAUUAUUCACCGUCCUCUUGGGGGUGUUGCGCCAGCUGAAAGCGGUGGCAUGAUUACCAGAUUCCUUCACCCCGAGACAUACGAGAACUACGCUGUAAUGCGCAAGCUCAUCCCUCGAGGCUUCCCCGAGGCUUCGUACACCGCCAAUGCGGAGCAGGAGGCAUACAUGAACCCUGCUAUUGUGGCAAGGCCACAAGCCAUUUGGAUCCCCAGAGACGAGGGUGGUGUUUCACGGCAGGAGGCGGCACACACAGGAAGUGUUGUCGAUAUCUCUGACGAAGGUGCGAUUGUUAAUGAGAAGAGCAAGGUCGUAUGGAUCGAGGGAGAGAUGCCGCCAGGCUGGCACCCAGGACCGGUCUAUUAA